GUGACUCUCAAUCGGUUCCGCGAGGGCUUUUCUGGCUUUCAGAAGUAUUAAUGUUUUCUGGAAGUGUUUGUUAUGCGCAGAGACACUCUUCAGUUUUCAAGUCUGCUGCUGCUGCUGACAUAUUAUUAUUUUUUUAAGUGACAUCUAAAAAUGUCUUUUGUAGUUGCUCAGUCCCAUUUCAUUUUCGGUGUACGGACUGGUGUGAGGAACAAUUUGUGUUUCUUUGACGAGCAAACCGUCGUCUUCCCCAGCGGAAACAGCUGCGUGUGUUUCAACACUGUCCAACGAUGGCAGCGGUUCAUUUCAGGCUCAGAGAGAAGUCAGGGAAUGCGUGCUAUGACCAUCAGCUCCAACAGACGCUACCUGGCAGUGUCAGAUUAUGGAGAGAGAGCCACCGUCACUGUGUUUGACCUGCAGCAUGAGCAGGGCAGAAAGAGAAAGGUUUUGAGUGCAGGAGACAUGUCUGUUCAAGAGUUUAUCUGCAUUGCUUUCUCUCCUGAUUCCAAGUACCUGAUAGGCCUGACAGGGAGCCCCGAGUGGAUGCUGAUCCUCUGGCUUUGGGAGAAACACAAACUCCUGGCAACACUGAAGACAACAAACACAAAUAAUCCUGUCACCCAGGUCAGCUUCAACCCUUACAACAACACACAGAUCUGUGUGAGCGGAACCGGUGUUUUCAAGCUGUUCCGCUACUCAGAGGGGGCCCUGAAACCAAGCAGUGUUGCAAAGGUUGAGUCCAUCAAUUUCCUGUGCCACACCUGGGUGUCAGAGCACAGGGUGAUCGCUGGCACAGACACUGGCAGGCUGCUGGUGUUUGAGUCUGGAGACCUGCGAAGAGAGAUCAGCAUGACUUGUGUGCAGGGCCAGCCUGCCAGGCAGGUGGAGGUAAAGAAGAUCAAAGAUGCUAAUGUGAAUGAAGGUCCCUCUGUCCCUUCCAUCACAGCAAUCCUGUCCUACUCCAAAGGCUUUGCAUGCUCUAGAGGUCCUGGCACCGUUUUUCUGUUUGAGCAGACAGAUGAGAAUGGUUACAGAAAGACCAGGGAGAUAAAGAUCCCUCUAGAUGCAUACUGCAGCGGUGUGACCUUGGCAGAAUACCAGCAGAUUGACACCAUAUGCAUCAGUCCAGCAGAGGAGACUUUGGCCAUCAGCACAAACCAAGGACAGCUGUACAGUGUCAGCCUGUCCUCUGUGGACAUGAACAAGGAGGAUAAACUACACUUUGAGUUCCUGUCCCAGUCCUUCCACUCCAGCUCCAUCACUGGUUUGUCCAUCUGCAUACGCAAGCCCCUCGUAGCCACCUGCUCUCUGGACCGCUCUGUCCGCAUCUGGAACUACGAGACAAAAGUGUUGGAGCUGUGCAAGGAGUUCCAGGAGGAGGCGUACAGCGUGGCACUACAUCCCACAGGCCUCUUCAUCCUUGUGGGGUUUUCAGACAGACUCAGGCUGAUGAACCUGCUUAUUGAUGACAUCCGCACCUUCAAGGAGUUCACUGUGCGCAGCUGUAGAGAGUGUGCUUUUAGCAACGGUGGCCACAUGUUUGCAGCUGUCAAUGGAAACAUCAUUCAAAUCUAUUCUGUCACCUCUUUUGACAAUAUCCUUAAUCUGAAGGGCCACAAUGGAAAGGUGUGUCGGAUUGAAUGGAGCCUGGACGACAGCCGGGUCGUGUCUUGUGGGGUGGAUGGGGCAGUGUACGAGUGGAACACGCAGAGUGGCAAGCGGGAGUCAGAAAGCGUCCUAAAGUCCUGUAGUUAUACAGGUGUGGCCUUCUCCUCAGACUGUAAAACCAUCCUGGCUGUGGGAACAGACCUCACUCUGAAGGAGAUCCAAGACUGUCAGGUACUGAGGGAGGUUCCAGCUGAUGAGACAGCUCACACUGCUCUUGCAGUGUCCCAUUCUGGUAGAGUGGUCUUCACCGGGACCUCCAGUGGGACUGUAAGGGCCAUUAAAUACCCAUUACCUAUCCAGAAGGAAUGGAUGACAUACCAGGCUCACUCUGGGCCUGUCACCAAGAUGGUGAUCACGUAUGAUGAUCAGUUCCUGCUGACAGUGUCUGAAGACGGCUGUCUGCUGAUUUGGAAAAUCAUCGAUAAGGAAGGCAGAGGUCUAAAGAGCAACAAACACAUAGUCCACACAGAAGAGAUCCUUAUCACCAAGUCAGACCUGGAGGAGAAGACCCAGCACAUGCUGGAGAUGAAGAUGCGGCUGGAGGAGCUGCAGAUGGAGAAUGAGUACCAGCUCCGCCUGAAGGACAUGAACUACAACGAGAAGCUCAGAGAGCUGUCUGACAACUUUGUCCAGCAGAUAGAAUCUCUGAAA